CGUGGGGGCGCCGGCUGCGCCUGCGGAGAAGCGGCGGCCGCCGAGCGGGAGCCGUGCGGGGAGCCGGAAAUGGUCGUGGACUGCGUCUGUGCGGCUGCGUGGGGCUCGGCCGCGCGGACUGAAGGAGACUGAAGGCCCUCGGAUGCCCAGAACCUGUAGGCCGCACCGUGGACUUAUUCUUAACCAAGGGGGUGCUGGGGGGACCCUGAUGUGGCACCAAAUGAAAUGAACAAACCUCCACAGCCCACAGGCCCCCCACCCGCCCCGUCCCCUGGACUCCCACAGCCAGCGUUUCCCCCGGGGCAGACAGCACCGGUGGUGUUCAGUACGCCACAAGCGACACAAAUGAACACGCCUUCUCAGCCCCGCCAGGGAGGAUUCAGGUCUCUGCAGCACUUCUACACUAGCCGGGCCCAGCCCCCGAGCAGUGCAGCCUCCCGAGUGCAGAGUGCAGCCCCCGCCCGCCCUGGCCCAGCUGCCCAUGUCUACCCUGCCGGAUCCCAAGUAAUGAUGAUCCCUUCCCAGAUCUCCUACCCAGGCUCCCAGGGGGCCUACUACAUCCCUGGACAGGGGCGAUCUACUUAUGUUGUCCCGACACAGCAGUAUCCCGUGCAACCAGGAGCCCCAAGCUUUUAUCCGGGUGCAAGCCCUACCGAGUUUGGGACUUACGCUGGCGCCUACUAUCCAGCCCAGGGUGUGCAGCAGUUUCCCACUGGAGUGGCCCCCGCUCCGGUUUUGAUGAACCAGCCCCCCCAUAUUGCUCCCAAGAGAGAGCGGAAGACGAUCCGAAUUCGAGAUCCAAACCAAGGCGGGAAGGAUAUCACAGAGGAGAUCAUGUCUGGGGCCCGCACCGCCUCCACCCCCACCCCUCCCCAGACGGGAGGCGGUCUGGAGCCUCAGGCUAAUGGGGAGACUCCCCAGGUGGCUGUCGUCGUCCGGCCAGAUGACCGGUCGCAGGCAGCGAUCAUCGGGGGCCGGCCCGGGCUGCCGGGCCCAGAGCACAGUCCUUCCGAAUCCCAGCCAUCGUCACCUUCUCCGACCCCGUCACCACCCCCGAUCCUGGAGCCGGGGUCUGAGCCCAACCUCACCGUCCUCUCUCUUCCCGGGGACACGAUGACGACGGGGAUGAUCCAGAUGUCUGUAGAAGACUCCAGCCCUGUGGCGCAUGAAGCCGGGGAGCCGUACUGCCUCUCUCCAGAGCCCCCUCCCCUCGCUGAACCUAUCCUGGAAGUCGAAGUGACGCUGAGCAAACCGAUCCCAGAGUCUGAGUUCUCUUCCAGCCCUCUCCAGGUGCCCGCUCCCCUGGCAUCUCACCCGGUGGAAAUUCUUCCUGAGCCCAAUGGCAUUGACGCAUCGGAGGACCGGGAGCCGGAGGUGGACUCCGCCGCCGAGCUUGCUCCGCUCUCUCCUCCAGCUGGUCCCUCAGAGCCGCCCUUGCCCGCGGCUCCGACUGCCCAACCAGAGGAACUGCUCAACGGAGCCCCCUCGCCACCAGCUGCGGACUUGAGCCCCGUCAGUGAGCCCAAGGAGCUGGCCAAGGAGGCCCCGGCCCCGGCCCCAGCCCCGGCGGCUCCACCCGCUGCCGCCCCCUCUGCCCCGCCAGCGGCCGUCCCUGCUCAGGAGGAGGAAAUGGAGGAAGAGGAGGAAGAGGAAGAAGAAGGAGACCCAGGAGAAGCCGAGAGUGAGAAGGGAGGGGAGGAAGUGCUCCCCGCAGAGAGCGCCCCUGCCCCCGUGCACCCGUCCCAGAACUCGGAGGCGUCCACAGCGACCCAAGUGGCAGUGUUUGUGCCAAAGAGGAGACGGAAAAUGAAGGAUCUCAAUAAGAAGGAAGCUGUCGGAGACCUACUGGAUGCCUUCAAGGAGGCGAACCCGGGAGUGCCAGAGGCGGAGAACCAGCCGCCACCCACGGGCAGCAAUCCCGGCCCAGAGCCAGAGGGCAGCGGCGCCCCGGCUCGGUCUGAGGAGACGGAGGAGACGUGGGACUCCAAGGAAGACAAAAUCCAGAAUGCCGAGAACAUCCAGCCCGGGGAGCAGAAGUAUGAGUACAAGUCAGACCAGUGGAAGCCUCUCAACCUGGAGGAAAAGAAGCGCUAUGACCGAGACUUCCUGCUUGGCUUCCAGUUCAUCUUCGCCAGCAUGCAGAAGCCAGAGGGCUUGCCCCAUAUCAGCGAUGUGGUGCUGGACAAGGCCAAUAAAACGCCACUGCGGCCGCUGGAUCCCACUCGGCUCUCGGGCAUCAAUUGUGGCCCAGACUUUACUCCGCCCUUUGCCAACCUUGGCCGACCAGCUGUCAGCACCCGAGGGCCCCCAAGGGGUGGGCCAGGUGGGGAGCUGCCCCGCGGGCCGGCUGGUCUGGGACCCCGGCGCUCCCAGCCGGGCCCCCGGAAGGAACCACGCAAGAUCAUUGCCACGGUGUUAAUGACUGAAGACAUCAAACUGAACAAAGCCGAGAAGGCCUGGAAACCCAGCAGCAAGAGGACGGCGGCCGACAAGGACCGUGGGGAGGAAGACGCUGACGGCAGCAAGACCCAGGACCUGUUCCGCAGGGUGCGCUCCAUCCUGAAUAAGCUCACGCCCCAGAUGUUCCAGCAGCUGAUGAAGCAGGUGACCCAGCUGGCCAUCGACACGGAGGAGCGCCUCAAAGGGGUCAUCGACCUCAUCUUCGAGAAGGCCAUCUCAGAGCCCAACUUCUCUGUGGCCUAUGCCAACAUGUGCCGCUGCCUCAUGGCGCUGAAAGUGCCCACUACAGAAAAGCCAACGGUGACUGUGAAUUUCCGAAAGCUGUUGUUGAAUCGGUGUCAGAAGGAGUUUGAAAAAGACAAAGAUGACGACGAGGUGUUUGAGAAGAAGCAGAAGGAGAUGGACGAAGCCGCUACGGCAGAGGAACGGGGGCGGCUGAAGGAAGAGCUGGAAGAGGCUCGAGAUAUAGCCCGCCGGCGCUCAUUAGGGAAUAUCAAGUUUAUUGGGGAGCUGUUCAAGCUGAAGAUGCUGACGGAAGCCAUCAUGCACGACUGCGUGGUUAAGCUCCUUAAGAACCACGAUGAGGAGUCCCUCGAAUGCCUUUGCCGUCUGCUCACUACCAUUGGCAAAGACUUGGACUUUGAAAAGGCGAAGCCCCGGAUGGAUCAGUAUUUCCAGCAGAUGGAAAAAAUCAUCAAAGAAAAGAAGACUUCUUCCCGAAUCCGCUUCAUGCUGCAGGACGUGCUGGACCUGCGGCGGAGCAACUGGGUGCCGCGCCGAGGAGACCAGGGUCCGAAGACCAUCGACCAGAUCCACAAGGAGGCUGAGAUGGAGGAGCACCGGGAGCACAUCAAAGUGCAGCAGCUCAUGGCCAAGGGCGGCGACAAGCGCCGGGGAGGCCCCCCAGGUCCACCUAUCAGCCGCGGGCUGCCUCUUGUGGACGAUGGUGGCUGGAACACGGUCCCCAUCAGUAAAGGUAGCCGUCCCAUUGACACGUCACGACUCACCAAGAUCACAAAGCCUGGUUCCAUCGACUCCAACAACCAGCUCUUCGCGCCUGGAGGCCGAAUGAGCUGGGGCAAGGGCAGCAGCGGAGGCUCCACGGCUAAGCCCUCAGACGCAGCAUCAGAAGCUGCCCGAUCGACUACCAGUACCCUGAAUCGCUUCUCAGCCCUUCAGCAAGCAGUGCCCACAGAGAGCACAGACACCAGGAGGGUGGUGCAGAGGAGUAGCUUGAGCCGGGAACGGGGUGAGAAAGCCGGGGACCGAGGAGACCGCCUUGAGCGGAGUGAGCGAGGAGGUGACCGGGGGGACCGCCUCGAUCGCGCACGGACGCCGGCCACCAAGCGGAGCUUCAGCAAGGAAGUGGAGGAGCGGAGUCGAGAGCGGCCCUCCCAGCCCGAGGGCCUGCGUAAGGCGGCUAGCCUCACGGAGGACCGGGACCGCGGGCGGGAUGCUGCCAAGCGAGAAGCCGCUCUGCCCCCGGCCAGUCCCCCGAAGGCGGCGCUCUCUGAGGAGGAGCUGGAGAAGAAGUCCAAGGCCAUCAUUGAGGAGUAUCUCCAUCUCAAUGACAUGAAGGAGGCAGUGCAGUGUGUGCAGGAGCUGGCCUCGCCCUCGCUGCUCUUCAUCUUCGUGCGACACGGCGUCGAGUCCACGCUGGAGCGCAGUUCCGUGGCCCGGGAGCACAUGGGGCGGCUGCUGCACCAGCUCAUCUGUGCUGGCCACCUCUCCACGGCGCAGUACUACCGAGGGCUGUAUGAAAUCCUAGAAUUGGCUGAAGAUAUGGAGAUUGACAUCCCCCACGUGUGGCUCUACCUGGCGGAACUAGUGACCCCCAUCCUGCAGGAGGGUGGGGUGCCUAUGGGCGAGCUGUUCAGGGAGAUCACAAAGCCGCUGAGACCCCUGGGAAAAGCUGCCUCGCUGCUGCUGGAGAUCCUGGGGCUCCUGAGCAAGAGCUUGGGUCCCAAAAAGGUAGGGAUGCUGUGGCGAGAGGCUGGCCUCAGUUGGAAGGAAUUCCUGCCUGACGGCCAGGAUGUUGGUGCCUUCGUUGCUGAACAGAAGGUGGAGUACACCCUGGGCGAGGAGCCUGAAGCCCCUGGCCAGCGGUCGCUGCCCCCCGAGGAGCUGAGAAGUCAGCUGGAGAAGCUGCUGAAGGAGGGCAGCAGUAACCAGCGGGUGUUUGAGUGGAUCGAGGCCAACCUGAGCGAGCAGCAGGUCGCAUCCAACACGUUAGUCCGCGCCCUCAUGACGACGGUCUGCUACUCCGCGAUCCUCUUUGAGACGCCCCUCAAAAUCGAUGUCUCGGUGCUGAAGAUGCGAGCGAAACUACUACAGAAGUACCUGUGUGACGAGCAGAAGGAGCUGCAGGCGCUCUAUGCCCUCCAGGCCCUUGUAGUGACCUUAGAACAGCCUGCCAACCUGCUUCGGAUGUUCUUCGACGCGCUAUAUGACGAGGAUGUGGUGAAGGAGGACGCCUUCUACAGCUGGGAGAGCAGCAAGGACCCUGCUGAGCAGCAGGGCAAGGGCGUGGCCCUUAAAUCUGUCACAGCCUUCUUCAAGUGGCUUCGUGAGGCAGAUGAGGAGGAGUCUGACCACAACUGAGGGCGGGUGGGGCCGGGGCCCGGCGCCCCAUGGACACUCGAUGGCCCGGCCAGCCGCCUGGACUGCAGGGGGUGGGGGUGGCAGCAGCGGCGGCGGCGGCGGCAGUGGGUGCCUGUAGUGGAAUGUGUCUGAGCUAAUAAAGUGGCUGAAGAGGCAGGAUGGCUUGGGCUGCCAGGUGUCCCCCUCCUCCCCCGGGGCACAGAGAUAUAUUAUAUAUAAAGUCUUGAAAUUUGGUGUGUCUUGGGGGGCAGGGGGGCACCACCGCCUGCCCCUGGGGUCCUUUUUUAUUUUCUGAAAAUCACUCAUGGGACUGCCGUCCUCGCUGCUGGGGGCAUAUGCCCCAGCCCCUGCACCCCCCCUGCUGCCUGGGCAGGGGGAAGGGGGGGCACGGUGCCUGUAAUUAUUAAACAUGAAUUCAAUUAAG